CUUUUUUUACUAUUCUUUUUGUAUAUAUAGAGGCGCGCCUAUGUCGAGUCAAAUUUAAAUCAAUUGCAGUGGUCACGCAGGGAAACAAUUAGAAGCACGAUGGCCGAGCUUCCGAAUGAACUCAAGCAGUUAUUUGCCUUUGUGGACGGAAAAAGAGGAGAUUACAUCGACGCCCUUAAAACCGUUGUGGGAAUUCAGUCCGUUUCAGCUUGGCCAGAAAAGCGAGGAGAGAUUGAUCGCAUGGUAGAAUGGACUGCAGAUCGGCUCAGGACCCUGGGCUCUGAAGUAGAACUGGCGGAUGUGGGUCAACAAACCUUGCCGAGUGGUCAAAUAAUCCCUCUGCCAAAGGUCCUGCUCGGAACUCUGGGCAAGGACGCCUCCAAGAAGACAGUGUUGGUAUACGGCCAUUUGGAUGUGCAGCCUGCUCUGAAGGAAGACGGGUGGAACACCAAUCCCUUUGAGCUCACAGAGGUAGAUGGAAAGUUGUUAGGACGGGGGGCGUCCGAUGACAAGGGACCUGUGCUGUGCUGGAUCCAUGCUAUUGAGGCUUACAUGAAGCUUAAUAUUCCGCUGCCACUAAACGUGAAGUUUGUUUUUGAAGGGAUGGAAGAGAGCGGUAGCGAAGGCCUCGACGACUUGUUAAUGGAACGCAAAAACGAUUUCCUUGCCGAUGUUGAUUAUGUCUGCAUUUCCGACAACUACUGGCUAGGGAAGAAGCGCCCUUGCCUAACAUACGGGCUCCGUGGACUGGCAUACUUCCAAGUGGAGGUGGAAUGCUCAAAUAAAGAUUUGCACAGUGGAGUUUUUGGGGGAACCGUCCACGAAGCUAUGCCGGAUCUAUGUCACUUGCUCAGCGUUCUUGUCGACAAGGACACAAAAAUCCUGGUCCCUGGAGUGGAUCGUGAUGUUGCACCCGAACUAAAGAACGAGCAGGCAAUAUACGAGAACAUUGACUUUCAAGUUUCUGAGUACAUGAAAGACAUUGGUGUUGACCAGCUGCCGCAUAAUGGCGACAAAACCAGGCUGCUUCAAGCCAGGUGGCGUUAUCCCAGUCUGUCUAUCCAUGGAAUCGAAGGUGCAUUUUAUGAGCCAGGGGCAAAGACCGUCAUUCCGAAGAAAGUGAUUGGCAAGUUCUCACUUCGACUUGUGCCCGACCAGGACCCAAAGCACAUUGAAGAGUGUGUCAGUAAAUACCUUAGUGAUAAAUGGACAGAGAGAGGUUCGCCUAACAAAAUGAAGGUUACCAUGCUCUCAGCUGGAAAGCCCUGGACAGAGGACCCAAGCCAUCCCCAUUAUGAGGCUGCGAAACGGGCCAUAAGGCAUGUUUUCAAUGUAGAACCCGACAUGACUCGUGAGGGGGGAUCCAUACCAGUAACAUUGACAUUGCAGGAAGCCACCGGAAAAAAUGUCAUCCUUGUGCCAGUGGGAGCAUGUGACGACGGCGCCCACUCUCAAAAUGAAAAAAUCGAUGUCUACAACUACCUUGAAGGCACUAAACUGCUUGGCGCUUAUCUGCACGAAGUGGGAAAAUUGUAAGCAAGCAGACAAUUUCUAUACCACCUUAAAACGAUGAAACAUCACAAUGGUGCACUUAUUUUUAUAAAUAUUGUCUUUAAAUACACAUUUUCUUGAAAAAUGUU